AUGUCGCUGAAGAGGGACAUGGUUAUGGUCACCCAACAAAUCUUUGUUGCUAAGGAAUGGGCCAAGAAGGCUCACGAGGACUUGCACAAUGAGGCUCAGUCCCGCCUUGCUGCCGAGAAGGCUACCGAUACCCUCAGACAGGAAAAGGAUCGCCUAAGCAGUGAAGUGAAAGAGGCACAGAAGGGUCGCGCGAGCGCGGAGGCCGGCCUUAAAAACGCCACAAAGCAGGCUGAGGAUUUGCGCCAACAGCUCCGCCAGUCCGAGGAAAAACUCGCGACAAAGAAGCAGGCGAUCUCAGAUCUCAGGGCCGAGCUUGCAAAGGUCAAGGAGGAGGCCCGCGUGGCCAGGGAGGCGGCCGAGAAAGCAGUGGAGACCUCAUAUGACCGCAGAGUCAGGGACAUAGAGGUUAGGCUGACCGAGGAGGUGGCCGCCGUAUGUAGGGAUUACAUCACCAUGUCUUGGGGUGUAGCCUUGGAUCGAGCGGCAGUUCCAGCGGACUCUGAUCUUCUGAAAGCUGAGAAUAUCUUUUUUCCGAAAGAUAUUCGGGAGAUUCCGAAUUCGGCUGCUCCUGAGGACCCUCUUCCUACGAAGGACACAACCUCGGACUCCCAGAUGCCCGAAGCUGAGGGGACACAGCUGGCCGCGAAGGAUAAAUCUCCUGAGGAUAGUCUCUCAAUCAGGGAUGUUGUCGCGCAAGCCAAGGAGGCUGUUACGAGACCUCAGGCAGGAGAUGUUCAACCUGAGCCUACUCAGGGUUAG